AUGGACCACAGUACAAGACACCAGAAGCCUCUUCCGCAGCCCCAUACCCUCGAUGAAGAUAUGAUUGAAUUCGCUUGGAGCGAACGCGCGCUUCUCUGGAUCCAGCUGUAUCACGACCUACUAUUUGCAGCGGCAAGUACACCAGCUGGCCCAACCGUCGUCGUAGUCGAUACUGUAGCCUUUAGAGAUUUCACCGACGCCCUCGAGAAUGAACCGACUGCAGUGUCUGACAUUACACGCGACCGAAACGAGUUCAAGGAGAAGAAAAACCAUAUGGUAUCGGCAAAGCGUUCAGCGAUCAAGGCUCUCAGCAACCGCAACAAUGCCGAGGAUGACCCACUUCUGAUCACUCAUGUGAGGAUCACACCAGACAUGCUCGACAGAUACGGCGCAUUGCGCGGUGACAGCAAACCGGAAGAGGACAUUACGCAACCUGAUCAAGACGCCGAGCUUUGGAAAUUCCUCAACCAUUCGGUCCUAGAGGAGUACCCCGAGCUCUACUCAAUGCCGUCGGCUAGUCAGAGGUUGGCGAAGGCCGAACUCGUCCCUACUUAUUCGAUUCGCGAUCAGGAGACGAAGUCGAGCAAAUCUUGUUCCGAGCUCAGGCUCAGUGUUGCCAUCAAGACGGCUGACUUUGUUACCGAAGCCACCGUUCGUCCAGGUGGAGGCCAUGUGAAUCUUGAGAGAGCAUCGACCGCAGGCAUGGAGGAGCCCUCAGCACAUGAAGCCCUGGAGGCCGAGGUGCUCGAAGACCCUUCCACCCCUGAAAUCGUAACUGCUGCAAAGAGGGCGAGGGAGGCUACCCUGGAGACACUUCCAGACUUUUCGGUUGACAGGGACGACUCACCGAGGAAGCGCGCCAAACUGACCGAUGCAACGAAUGAUUCCGAAACUGAACCGGAAGCUACACCAAAGCAGAAAUAUCGAUGGACAGAGAAAGAAGUCAACUGCAUCUACCGUUGUAUCAAUGAGUACUGCAAAGUCAAGGGAGUGGAUGUAUACGCGAGGAAGGAAGUUGUGACAGCGUGCGUUGAUGCUCUUGGGAAAGACUGCGCCAAAGAACAUCCCAAAAAGACGCCCUCUGGGAGGAGUAGACAGGAAGUUGACUCCAAGAUCAUGAACCUUGAGCGAUUCGCGAAGAAAUCCGUCGGUGUCACUACUGUCCAGACCCUGGUAGCAAAGGCGGCGGCAGUGAAGAAACAGGUUGCGAGUGGAGAAGAAGUGAGCAAGGAGGAUCGGUAUCCUAGCGAGUACUUGUCUCUGUGGUUAUCGCAGCCGCUGAAGCUGACCUUGUAUACCCCUAGAACCUCCAGGAAGCCACGCAGCGAUGUGAAUGUUAAUUGA